AUGUCUCCCGCGCUACGCCAAGCGAGGCCACCUGACCUAGACUUCAAGAUCAUCUACCGGUUUCCGUACAUCAUGUCGGUUCGGCUGAUUUGUCGGCUGAAGAUCUAUCAGACGGGUCUCACGCUGGCUGCAGUGCCGGUGAUGGUCCUCCUGCAAGAUCUUGACGCUGCCGCCAAGGUGGGAGCUGUCGGCCUGUUCGCUGCCGGCAUGCUCUACAUCAUGGGCGAGUUCUUCCGGCGCUUCGUCGGCCUUCUAUACCUCCACCGGGACGGAACACAACUGAAGAUCGCUCACCUAACCUUCUGGGGAGGCCGUAGGGACAUCGUCAUACCCGUGGAGGAUAUUGUGCCGUUCUCGGAACUCAAAGACUCACCGACUGAUGUGUACUUCAAGCUGCGGAGAUACUCGGGUCCGGAGACGUUUUAUGUGUCGCUGCGUUAUGGCGGUAUCUCUAGUAUGGAGAGCCUAGAGGCUGUCUUUGGGCCGCUGGAAGACAGGUGA